AUAUAUGUGCACCAUUAUUGAAAAAAGAAAAAGAAGAAGCUGAACAAUUUUUAGAAGUAAUAUAUAAUGAAAAUUUAAAAUGUUCGAAACAAUCUACAUUAGUAGAUUGUUGGAAUAUUGUAGAGAAAAAAUUAGUAAUUAAAAUUCAUAAAUAA